CAAAACCAAGAUCCGACCAUCAACAUACACGGAUACUCUUCGCAAAAUGCCUCCUCCUCCACCUCCUCCCCCAAAGAUCCUAGAUUCCCACAUCCAUCUCUGGCCCGCCAGCGCCGCCAACCCGCAGAGCCACACCUGGAUGCAGACACAGCCGGGCCACACCCACCCACUCGCACACGAGCACAGCAUAUCCGACUACCUCGCCUCCUGCGGCACGCCCGCCCCGUCCGGCUUCGUCUACGUCGAGACUGACCGCGCGCUCCCUACGUCCCCACCCCCCGACUCCGACUCCGACUCCGACAUAUCCGACGCAGAACUCCGCCGCUACGCCGCCCAACCGCUCGAGGAAAUCCGGUUCUUGAGACGGAUCGUCGAGGGCGAGGGAGUAUCCGAGGGCAACGGGGCCGAGCACAAGGCGCUGCUAAAGGGGAUUGUGCUGUGGGCGCCGGUGCAUCUGGGUCCGAAGACACUGCGGCGGUAUCUUGUGGUGGCGGAGCAGACUGCGGGAGCGGAGACGUGGGGCUUGGUGAAGGGGUUCCGGGUCCUGCUGCAGGGAUGGCGGGACCGGGAGGGGUUUCUGCGGCUUGUGACUGGGGAGGCGUGGAUUGGGGGGUUGGCGGAGCUGGGGGCGCGUGGGUUCGCGUUUGAUGUUGGGGUUGAUCAGCGGGGUGGGGGGGUUUGGCAGCUUGAGGGGGUGGUUGAGAUGGUUGUGAGGUUGGGGAGGGUUGGGACGCGGCCGAGGUUGAUACUGAAUCAUCUUUGCAAGCCGGAUGUUAGGGGCCGGUUGCGGACUGCGGAGCAGUUGCGUGAUUAUGCUCGUUGGGUUAAAGUCAUGGAGGUCUUGGCUGGGUUUCCGGAUUAUCCGGGCAUAUACGUGAAGCUUUCCGGAGCUUUCUCCGAGAUGGAGGACCAGGACGAGUCGGAUCCGCUGUCGACAGACGAUAUUGCUGAACAACUCAAACCUUGGGUCGAUGUUGUUCUGAAUGCAUUUGGCCCUGAUCGAGUCAUGUUUGGGAGCGACUGGCCGGUGUGUAAUGUUGGAGGACCGGGAGAAGGGAAAUCCUGGAAGAGCUGGCAGGCGUAUGUGGCAAAGGUUAUUGCUGAUCGAGGCUUGGAGUCUGACGACGAGACUGGGGCGUCGAAGAUAUGGGGAGGCUGUUGCUGCAAACGAAUAGUAGAGAAUGGGCCUCUAGACGAGAUAGUUAGCAAUGCUCGUGAAGAUCAGCUGUUGAAAUGCACAUCACAACUCACAAAAUCUAGGCCUUGGAAGACCACCCUCUCUUAUCACCCCUCUGAUAUUCUGCCAAACGUCGUCUGCAGAGAUGAUCACAUCCCACCCAACAAAGACACCGCCAUCCGACCAAAGCCAUCAUACUCUCCCCGGGAGGAGGAGGAAGAAGAAGAAGUAGAAGAAGAAGAAGAGGAUAGGAUAGUAAGUACGGUUUGGCGCUAG